AUGCCGAAAAACAGAUUAGAAAAUGGCGAACCUGUCAUUGCAAUAUUAGUUUUAAGUUGUAAUCGUGUUACCGUUGCACAAUGUCUUGAUGAAUUAUUAAGAUGGAGACCUUCAAAAGAACAAUUUCCAAUAAUUGUAUCACAAGAUUGUUCUCAUCAGCCCACCACAGAUGUUAUAUUAUCAUAUGGAGAUCAAAUUACAUUAAUUAAGCAACCUGAUCAAAGUGAAAUUCAAAUUCCUGUAAAAGAAAAAAAGUUCAAAGGUUAUUUUAAAAUAGCUAGACAUUAUGGAUGGGCAUUGAAUCAAACUUUUUUUAAUUUUAAAUUUGACACAGCAAUCAUUGUCGAAGAUGAUUUAAUAAUAGCACCAGAUUUUUUUGAAUACUUUUUAGGAACAUAUUGGUUAUUAAAAGGGGAUCCUUCGCUAUGGUGUGUGUCCGCUUGGAAUGACAAUGGGAAAAGUGGCCUUAUUGAUGAGUCUCAACCAGAGCUUCUUCAUAGAACUGAUUUUUUUCCUGGUCUUGGAUGGAUGCUUACAAGUUCGUUAUGGGCUGAACUCAGCGAAAAGUGGCCUAAAUCUUAUUGGGAUGAUUGGAUUAGAAAGCCUGAACAAAGGAAAAAUCGCGCUUGUAUUAGACCAGAACUUUCCAGAACUAGAACUUUUGGAAAAGUGGGGGUUAGCAACGGGCUGUUUUAUGAAAAGCACUUAAAAUAUAUAAAAUUAAAUAACCAAUUUGUUAGCUUUACAAAACUAAAUUUGACAUAUUUAUUAAAAGAUGUUUAUGACGUCAAUUUUGUAAAAGAUGUUUAUUCAAGUCCAGAAGUUUCUUAUGAAGAUUUAAAAAAUAAUCCCAACCUACCGACUGGUUCUGUUAGGUUGCCCUAUUACACAAAGGAUCAGUAUAAAAAAUCUGCAAAAUAUAUAGGUUUAAUGGAUGAUUUUAGGAGUGGAGUUCCGAGAACGGCUUAUCGAGGAGUUGUAACAUUUUCAUAUAAGGGUAAAAGAGUGCAUUUAGCUCCACAUGUUAAUUGGAAGGGAUAUGACAUUACAUGGAGCUAG